AUGAAGAAGGCAAAAUCUGGCAACUCCAAUGUACCUCCACGAACCUCUCACAACAACUCAUCCGAUCAAAAACUUCUCCACAAAAGUGAUGCUAUUGAUGAUAUUGAAAUUUUGUGCAAGAAUUUAUCAAAUCCGAAAUUAAUUGCACUUCUCAGUUUUCAUAAACGAUAUUUAGAGGAGGAAUUGGAAUGUAUACAAGAAGAUGAAAGACUUUUGAAGAAAUCCGCCAAUAGUGGUGCAAACUCCAAACGCACACACGAUCCACUGAAAGGAAAACUUGAUGCAUUGAAAGAUAUUUAUGAAAUGUUUCCGAAUAUUCCUGUACCGAGAAUUAAUAUCAUUUAUGAUGAAGUAUGUGAUGGCCGUGUCGAUGGAUUGGUGGAUGUCUUGUUAGGUCUUGAUCCGAAUGAAGUUCAAUUCACGGAUGAUCUGAUCCCUUCUGAGGAGAGUCAACAGAUAGAGGAGAGCUCCACGCAUUCGUUUGCACAACAAUCACAAAUGGAAUUGCUCCACAAGAGAUGGGAUAUAUCGCAAUACAUUACAUUUGAUAUUGAUCCAACCAUUACAGAACUUGAAAUUGAUUAUUUAAAUGCGGUGAAAAUGAAAAAUUUGGCAUUCCAAGAAUAUGGCUUUGAAGAAAUAGAGGAAACUCAUUCCAGUCAACAAGAAUCUGUCAAUUUGGAUGAACUGCCAGAGCAUGAGAGAGAAUUUUACUUGGAAAUGAAAUUGAAAAAGGAACAAAUCAAAAAAGAACGUCAAUUUAUUAUUGACAAGAUGAGAGAAACAAAACUUGCAAGAAAUGUAAAACUCUAUUGCAAGGGUGAAGAAGAAUAUUUAGCCAAAAAUACUUCCGAAUUGAAGAGAUAUAUGUUUACGAGAACCAUUGAAUUUGAUCUUGAGGCUGAGUAUAUUCAUUUUAGAAUUGUGGAGUCACAAUUUCACAGAUUAUUAGCUCGAUACAUGUACGGCAAUCAAAUGGUUCCUUAUGAGCUAACACAAGUGGAAUAUGUUGUAAAUCCAGAAAUCGUUCGUAAUUUUUAUAAUUGUAAAAAGGAACUCGCCAAAAAACACAACUUUUUAUACGAGUCGAUGAAUUGCUAUUUACUAUUCCAUGGAACUUCAGAAGCCAACAUGGAAAAUAUUUUAAAAACAAACUUUUUGUUGAGUAAGGUGGGCUCUUCAACAGAUAUGGGCUUUUAUGGCAAAGGUUUUUACUUUAGCGAGUCACCUCUCAUGUCCAUAUCCUACUCGAGAGGAAAUCCAUAUUUAUUAGUUUGUUUGGUGAUGGUGGGAAAGGCAUUCCACAUGACAACCGUUCAAACAGGUAGACCAUUGGAAAAUGGUUACGAUAGUCACGUUUCACCAGACGGCUGUUCUGAGGUGAUUAUUUUCAAUCCCCAUCAAGUAAUUCCAAUGUACAAGGUAAAAUGGCGAAAUAUUGGAAAUGUCAAUAACUAUUAUUAA